AUGCGGCGCCCGGCUCGGGGAUUACGGCGCGCCCCCCCGACGGAUAUAUUCCCGCGGCGGCGGCGGCGGCGGCGGCGGCGGCGGGCGGGAGGAAUGGCGGCGGCGCGGGGCGCGGCGGGCCGCAGGGGUCCCGGGCGGCCCUGCCCCUUCUCCAUCGAACAUAUCCUCUCCGGCCUGCCCGAGAGCAGCCCCCCGGCCCGGGCCGCCCGCCCGCCGCCGCCCGCCGGCCGCCAGAGCCCCGCGGAGCCGGGGCAGCCUGGGGCGCCCGAGGCCGUGCCCUGCGCCUGCUGCUGCUGCUGCGGCCCCCGCGCGGCGCCCCGCGGGUCCCCGGAGCCGGCCGCCGGCCUGGGCGCGCGGCUGCCGUGGCCGCUGAGGCUGGGGCCCGCGGCGCCCUUGCCCUUGGCCGCACCCACCGGGGGCUCCGGGGCGCCCCCCGACGCGGGCGGCCCUGGCCCACAGCGGCGCACGCGGCGCCACCGCACCAUCUUCAGCGAGGAGCAGCUGCAGGCGCUGGAAGCGCUCUUCGUGCAAAACCAGUACCCCGACGUGGGCACGCGCGAGCGCCUGGCUGGCCGCAUUCGCUUGCGCGAGGAGCGCGUGGAGGUCUGGUUCAAGAACCGCCGGGCCAAGUGGCGACACCAGAAGCGCGCAUCGGCGUCCGCGAGGCUCCUGCCGGGAGCCAAGAAGCCCCCGAAGGAGAGCUGCUGA